UCAAAAUAAUCCUGUUGAACCGGCAAAUUUCAGCUGACUAUGUUUGUCGUCGAAAGCUUUUAUAAAUAUAGUAGUUUCGAAUGCAGUCGGAUACCUAAAUAACGCCAUUUUGCAGAACAUAAAACUUCAGUCAGUUUCCCGAGUAGGUGAUACGUUUUGUGGUUUGCUCUUGAUUUUAAUAAAAUGUAACAUGAAUUUCCUACCAAAAGUGGAAAACGUUAGUGUAAUUGUGAACGAUACACUUGCCGAUUAUGAAAAUAUCGAUGAAGGAGAUCACGAUCCGGAGUUGCAAAAUCUGGUGGAAGAGUGGAAUUUGUGCCCAUCAGUCUACGCAAUUCUGAUCCAACAUGGAUACUCGGUUCAGUAUCUGAAGAUGAUGGACGACAGAUCUCUGGACGAUGUGUUUUCUGUAGUGAAAUGGACCGGACACAAAUAUGCGUUGCGGCAGAAGUUGGUUUUGUGGCCUGAAAGUGUUUUGUUUCAGUCAGCAAGUACGUCGAGCACAAGUCGAAAUGCUCCAGCAGUUGAUUCGACCGAAUUCCCAGCCACAUCAACCGUACAGUCGAGUAGUUUGAAACAUCGCCUAUUACCAACUUCUGUAACAUCGGAACUGUUGAACGACAUUCUAAACCGAAACGAAAAGGGAAAAAUUGUUGUCAAUUUUUUCGGAAAGCAUCAGUGUCUGGACUCCUCGCACAGAAAAUUCCUUGCUCAUACGAUUGUUGACUAUUACAUCGCUAAUGACAUGUACUUUCCUCUACCUGACAUGGCCAAAUUUGCUCAGUUGAUUGCCGAUCGAUUUUCAAUGGAACUUGCAGAAACGUAUUAUAACCCUCGAGACGCGAAAGCAGAGAAGAAGCAUCCAUCCGGAUUGAUUUACGACCGGUUCCAUAAUCGCAACAAAAAGAGAUUAGUUCGAGCAAAAUCAUCGGAAACAGAAAAUACCUACUGUAAGGAGAAAUCUAUUGCACUCAGUCUUCCUGAAGACGAAAUCACCAAGUUGUCGACAUUGAAAAAUUGGUUGCGCAAUAACUUUGCCCCUACGGAUGAAGUUCAGGCUAAAUGGAAAGAGUCAAUGCCCUUACGAUUGCGAGCAAUAAUCGAUGAGGUUGAUAUUGAAAAAUGUAAUGUUCUUUCUGAGUGGCCUAGGAUUACUGAUGAGACUGGCUAUUUAUUGAUCGAUUCAGACUUUGAUCACCUUUUCGGAAAAUCUGACAAACUAUUCAACGACUGGGAAGAGUUUUCGGAGAAUUUCUUGAAUUACGUCCGAAUCAACAAUAUCAAAGACGAACGCUCACGUAAACUGAUGCACAUUUUGGAGGAAUCGACUAUAUGUCAAGGUGGGCGUGAUGUGAUUUUGUGUUUCGUUUUUCACGCACUCAUCAAACCUACACGACGAGCUAACGGAAAACUCCCAACAAUAUUGGAGGCACAACUGGAUGUAUGUUAUCUUUGUGACACAUACGACGAGUAUAUUGAAGCCAUCCAAACAACUCGUCAAGAAUGCGCAACGGCAAAAAUUCAGGUUGCACCACGUAUCUAUGCUGUAGGAAGCUUUGAAAAUAUUGAAGAGUUCUACGUUGCCACCGGGAAAAUCGAGUACAGAUUGCCAUCAUUUCUGCGUUGCUUGGAUGUAAUUAUAAAGCUGAAACACGUACUUGACUACCCCUUUCCGGAAAGCUGUGAGAUCUUGUGGUGUUUCAUAACCAGGUACUUUUACGGAAUUGAUUAUAGAAGAAAAUCGAAGAAUAGUCAACUUCUUCAAUUGGUUAGCUACCUGGAAGCUCACAGAGUUGAUCUUCAGUGAUGGAUUGCUUUUUGUGCCCAACAUUUUAUCCGGCCAUCGAUCGCCUAUUAAAACACCUUCGUAUUGAGCAUGGGGCUCCAGCAAUUUCGAUUUAUAAAUGCACAGCAUGUAAGCCAGCAUCGCUCUUCAAAGACGUGCAUCGUUUCAAGCGCCACAUACAAGUACGACAUCGAACGUUAUUUCAAAUCAGCAGCUCCGCAUCAGUUGGAAAUAAGGACAAGGAUCAAAUGCCUAUUACUGGCUCAGAUGAUUCGGAGGAAAUCGGAGAAAAACAUGAUUCAACUAUCAAAGGUCAAAGUUGCAUUGAGUUCACGAACAGCGAGAAAAAUGCCAUGCAAAUUAAAAGUAAAGAAGAAGCAAUACUAGAUAUAAGAAAUAAGUUAAGAGAAGGUUUUUUAAGUUUUACAAUAAGUUUACACAGCAAAAAAAAUUUAAGCAGGAAAGAUGUAAUUGAACUACAGAAAAAUAUCACCGAUGAUAUUGUUGCACCGAUAUUAGAUGCGCUCAGUAAAGUAACAGAUAUGCCACAAGAUUCAAUGAGUUUGGAUCUUAUAAAUGAUUUACGUGACCCAUUUAAUUUUAUUAGUACGCAGCAAAGAUUAAACAGCCAACUUGAACAUUUAAGCAUGAGAGAAGCUCCGCAAGUAAUUGAGUAUGAAGAUGAAGACGCAAACAUUGUUUCAAAAGGUUGUCUUACUUCAAUUAAAUUUCAAUUGAAAAAGUUUUUUGAAACAGGUACCAUUUUUCAACAAACAAUGCAAAAUAUGAAAAUGCUAGAACAGACAAACAAAAUCUCGAAUGUUGUAAACGGCAGUUUAUGGAAAACAGUGAAACCUAUGUAUGGUAAUAAAUUAGUUUUGCCUUA